UUUUCCUUGUCUUAGCUCUUCCACUAGGACAGCUUUCCUCGGACGAGGUAGAACUAGAAGCAUCACCACAGCGAGGCGCGAAUGUGACAUCUCUCGGCCCUUCGACUCUUCACGCUGUUGAUACGUCGACCCGUGACACUGACUAAACCCCCCAGCGCACUUCAAGCGAUUCGAGACUUCCCCAAUCCUGCGCUUUCGCUGGCAAGAACAAGAGGAAAGCAGACAUGAUGACAUUGGUACCUAAUCAGCCGUACAAGAUGUUCCAACGGCCGAACCAUGAACAAGACUUUAUGCUCUUCCCAGAAUCUGCUGCGCAAGCCGGCUACACAUCACCAAUGGAUAUGAGCAUGAGCCCUCAUGGCUGGGGAUUCUCUCGCAGCCCACAAGUCAACACACAUCCGUCCUUCGAGCAUGGGCCGGCGCAACCCGACGUAAGCGCAUUCAUGUACCGCGGCCGGACGUCUCCAGGCCUGUAUCCCGAUGACGGCGAGCUUCAAAUCCCACCUUCCAACAUCUCGACUGCUUCAGCACCCUCACCGUCGUCAACGGUGGGAUCGCCGAAUUCUAACCACGGACAGUCGGCCUUCAUGCAUGACUAUACGACACCCGGGAUGAACAUCAAUCCAAGCAUCGUGGGCUCGGGUGAUUAUUUUUCAGGAACUGAGUACUCGGCGUUCACGGGUCCAGGUAUGGAAGAUUUCACCACCAUGACCUUCGACAGCAAAUCCACUUUUGUUGAUCCGUCCUUGAUUCAUCCCGAAAUCCGUGGUUCAAUGGCGCCGCCCAUGUCGGCCUAUGAGCACAACGGCUACUCGCCGCAACACCCGUAUCCUCACUCACCUGCUCUCUCUGGUGCCACCUCUCCGGCCCCUAUUUUGAGAACUGGUUCACAAUCGCCAUAUAUGCAUACCUAUCAUCAACAAUAUAGCCCAUACGCGAUCCCUGCCCGAGGAAGGCGGCCCAGUAUCUCUUAUCAGUCUCAUGCAAGCUCGCAUGAGUUUGCGUACAACAGUGAUGAGUCCGAGAAGAAGCAGCGAUGCCCCCACCCCGAUUGUGGUAAGACCUUCAAAGAUUUGAAGGCGCACAUGCUUACGCACCAAACGGAGCGACCCGAAAAAUGCCCCAUACUCACCUGUGAGUAUCACGUCAAGGGCUUCGCACGAAAAUAUGACAAGAACAGGCAUACCUUGACCCACUAUAAGGGCACCAUGGUAUGCGGAUUUUGUCCGGGCUCCGGUUCAGCUGCUGAGAAGUCCUUCAAUCGGGCCGAUGUCUUCAAGCGGCACCUUACUGCCGUUCAUGGUGUGGAACAGACACCUCCAAACAGCCGAAAGAAGACCUCACCAACCGCCAACACUGGCAAGAAGCUGACCGGUUACGCUCCUGAUGCGACGGGCAAGUGCUCUACUUGCUCGGCGACCUUCUCCAACGCCCAGGACUUCUAUGAGCAUCUCGACGACUGUGUUCUUCGCAUUGUUCAGCAGGAGGACCCGGCCGAAGCCAUCAAUGCUCAGCGCCUAGCCGAGGUGGAGGACGAUAAAGACGUUCAACAGACGCUGGAAAAGAACCAGCUGCCACUAACUACGCAGCCUACUCCCCACUCGGAGGAGGAAGACGACGACGAGAUGGCUGAUGAGGAGGAGUUAUAUGACGAGGCUGGCCAGCAGAUCAGGAAACUGACCUCACCUGCCAAGCGGAAGAGCAACCCUCCCAAUGGCGUUCAGAAGUCGCGUGGCAUGACGCAUUCCCGAGGUGGUGUCCCAGUAUCGACCAAGACCAAGGGCCGCAAGAAUCGACAGAACUACCCGUCGUCAUGGGGCUUUGACAAGGGACAGAUGACGAUGAAGAAGCGCGUCCUUACGGUUUUUGACGGCCAGCGGCGUCUGGCGAAGGAUGAUAUGAUGCUUUCUACCGAACACGAAGUUCGCGUCAAACUAUCUGACGGCAAGUCCUACGUCACAGACCUUGACGUGAACACCAUGAAGCGUGCCGAGGGCUUCUUGAACGCCACACCACAAGAAAAGGGCAUCUGGGUCAGCGACGACCCGACAGAAGAGGACAUAGCUCUAAUGCUCAGCCACCAAUGAUAACCCUCUGUCCACUG